AUGUCAGACUUCCCCUUGUCCUCUGGAGAUGCAGAGGCUCCGGUUAGGGUGAGCGAUCGAGCUGCUUUUGGCAAGGGAACGCAAACAUUAGUUGAUGAGACUGUGAGGAAGACCUGGGAAAUCGACAGGAAAAAGUUGACAUUCAAAAAUGAAUGCUGGAAUAGCUGGCUUGAUCAGGUUCUCGAAAGUGUCUCUAAGGGCCUAGGUACCAAUGGCAUUCAAUCCGGCUAUCCAUUCGCUUUGACGUAUAUCAUUAUCAACGUCGCCAUUGAACGUCCUCUUUCGGUUAAAGUACUGGACGUUAAACAACCCAAAAUUGACGGGAUGUUCGCCGAAUGGUCUCCCAUGCAAGACCAUCCACUCUGCAUGUAUUACGCGCUUCAGGACAAGUAUACCGGUGCUAGUAUCAAACUGCAGAGUCUAAAUGGCGAUGACUAUUACCGCAUUUCUCAUCCCGACAGAGCUUGCCAGUCAAAUGGCUUCUGUGUUUUCCUGUCCCAGCUGCAGCUAACCAUGACUCGAAUCAACGACGAGGAAGAAGGGACAAAAGAUCUACGCCUGAACAAUAUAGUCACCCAGCAAGGCGCCAGGGUUCAAGAUUCCUUAGCGAUAGAAGCAGAUUUUUUCGCACCGGACCUAUAUGAGGCUCCCGAGCACGAUGAAUAA